AUGAAUUUAUCAAUACGAAAUACAUCGAUUACUGAUAUAAAGUUCACCACUGAUCAACUUAAUUUAUUUUCUUCCGAUGGUUAUGUAGAACCUUUUUCUAUUAUUGCUGUGGUAAUACUCAACGACGAAUCUGAUGAAGAUCGUAGAGAAGCUAUUGCUGAUAAGCAACAAUCCACAGCACUAUCGAAUGAUAUUUACAACUGGAAAUAUUCAACUCUUAAUGAAGAUAAUCAUAAUUUUACGGAUGAUUUAGAAUCGAAUACUGAACUUGAUAGUGAUUUUUAUUUAUUUGAAUCUUCACCCUCUGAAACUAGAGAAGGUGAAAGUGAUAGUAAUGAAAAUGAAGAAAUAACGCAAAUCAUUGAUUUCAUUCGUAGUGCUAAUCUUGAUAAGUCAAAUACGGAUCGAUUAUUAGAUUUAUUAAAUAAUAUUCAAUCAAAUGUUGGUUUACCAAAAUCAGGUCGUGAACUGUGGAAACGAGUGGGAGUUAAAUUCACGUUUAAAACAAAUAUAUAUUGUUCCAAUUGUAACCGGCAACUAUCAAGAUUUUGUGAUAAAUGUAAUUGUCCUAAUGGAGAUCAAAAUAUGAAUAUAGAACUUAUAUUAUUCUCUAUUCCCGAUGAAAUUCGUCAAGUUGUGAAAAUGAAUUUCGACCUAAUAGAAUUUUUUGCUAAUUAUCGACAUGAGUUUAUGUAUGAUAUCACUAAUGGUGUGUUCUAUUUAUCUUAUUAA